GGCGCAUGCUGACACUGAGGGAUGGGGAGCCUGCCCAGCCGGGAGAAGCCGCUCAGUAUCCCACAAGCAGUUGCCAAUAUGGUGCAGCCCCCGCCGCCCAUGCAGGCAGACCCCAGCAGCUUCCUGGCUCUGGCCCUCUGCGACUUCCCUGCCGGCGCAGGGGCAGCCACCGUCCUGAGGAUGGGAGAGCAACUCCGUGUCCUCUCUGAGGAUGGAGAGUGGUGGCUGGUGGCAUCCGAGGUGUCUGGCAAAGAGUGCCACAUCCCCAGCAGCUGCGUGGCCAAGGUCAGGCACAGGUGGCUGUAUGAGGGCGUCAGCCGGCAGAAGGCAGAGGAGCUGCUGCUCCGGCCAGGCAACCGCAGCGGGUCCUUCCUGAUACGGGAGAGCCAGACCAGGCAAGGCUGCUACUCACUGUCGGUGCGCCGCAGCGAGCGUGCCUCCUGGGACUCGGUGACACACUACCGCAUCUACCGCCUGGAGAACGGCUGGCUCUACAUCUCACCCCGCCUCACCUUCCCCAGCCUACACGACCUGGUGGACCACUACUCUGGUAAUGCUCCUCCAGGCCACUGGGGGGGAUGCCCUGUGCCCUGCAGCAAGGGAGGGAGAGGGGAAAGGUGCCCCUGGGGUUGGGGUGCAGGUGGGGGCACCCUGCUGACGCUGCCUGCUCCCUGCCCAGAGUUUGGAGAGGGGCUGUGCUGCCUCCUCAGGGAGCCCUGCUCCAUGGAAGGGGCAAGGGUGGCCCCGGUCUCCACCACACCCACUGUCAUGAAGCCAUCACUCAACUGGGACAAGAUUGACAGCUCCCUCCUGCUCUCAGAGGCCACAUCCCCACCAGAGGAGGACUCUCCCAUCAGCCUGGGCCUGCGGGAAGCCAUCAGCUCCUACCUUCUCCUGACAGAGGCAGCCACCCCCAAGCAGAGCCCUGCAGGGAAGGGGGCAAAGAACAGCUGAGGGCAGGGCCCCAUUUGGCCACAGCCCCAUGGCAGACACCCAGCCCUCGUUACAUCACUCGCCUGGUUUCAGCCACAAUCACUGUUGAUGCCCUGGGAGCCAGGCACCCAGGGGCAUGGCCUGGACAUGGGACAGCUGAGACAAAGGUGGGGAGGGGCAGGCACCAACACUGGAGGAAAGGGCUGCCCAAGGGCCCAUCCUCCCCAAAGCUGGGUGCUUUAGGACAUGAUGUUUGUGCACCCCAAGCGUCACCCCCGCACCCAUGGGAGAAGGCAGAGGCUGUACACAGGAGCCCUGCCUGCCCCACAGGCUGCAGUGGUGCCCCACCGCAUCUCCACCCCCACAGCAGCAGGGAAAUGGGAUGCAAAUACCCAACAAGCCAAAGCCUGGCCCAGGUGGGAGAACAGCCUGACCCUGUCAGACCCUGCAAGUUCAUGCACAAACUUUGGGGGGGGGUGUCUGUGCAGGACAGGAUCUGUGAGCAGCAGCUGCAGACCCUCAUGCUCUCACCCACCCAUAACUCAGCCCUCUGCUUAUUGGGACCAGCACAGCAGCAGCCAGGAGGAAACCAGCCCCUCACGGCACCCCAAGUAGCUGAUUUUUAAACCUUUAAACAUAUGGAUUGUACUGGUUUUAAGGUCCAUAAAACACGAUCCUGCUAGACACACAGCAAUAA